AUGUACGGACCAAUACAUCUUGAAGCCUGGGCGGGGCCCAAUUGCCAGGGUGAGACGGCUUAUACACAUUUUACGGACUCAUAUUAUGGACGAAAUUUAUCGAACGCUUUGGUAUCUCGCAGUUUCAAGCUCUCACGUGCUCUUCAUGGGAAAGAGCAAUUAGAUAUCUCUGUGACUCGCAAUUUUGACACGUGGUAUGCGGACAAAGAUCAACUUUCUAGGAAUGACUCUUCAUGCCAGAUUUUUGUUCAGACAUACUACGCUGUAAACGGAAGUACAGCGUGUCAUAAUACGCCUAAGUUCACAUGUCAUCGCCUUUGGACAAAUACUGGUCUUCCCUGGUCCUAUUCGACCGAAUAG